AUGGCGCCGAAGGCUCAGAAAUUCUUUCUCUCGGACGUGGUGGCCAUGUGCAGACGCGGGACCCUGGAGAACCUGAUCCGCGACGACUUGAAGGCGCGUGGCUGCCCGAAGUCGCGCGUGUCCCAGCUCAUACGGGACGCUCGCCUGGCCGGCGCCUUGCCGGUCGCGUCGCCUACCAAGAGCUGGGGCGCGGGCGGCGCAGCGCCACCGGCGAGGGGGCAGGAGCAGCAGGUCGCGGAGGACAGAGCGGCGGAGGACGCGGGCGCGCCGUCGCCGCGUGGCCAGGGCACAGGCGCGGCCUCCAGCGCCCCAUCACCUGCGGGCGCCGCGCAGAUCGGCUUCGGGGACAUGGCGGUGGAGAUGGACGAGGACGACGAGGGGAUCUGCUUCGGCACGGCGACCCCGGUUCUGAACGACGGCAGCUCCGAGGCGCGCAGCAGCGAUGAGGAGGUGCCGGACGCUGCGAUGCUGAACGAGUCGAUGGAGAGUGCGAGGCAACAUACCAUCGCGGAGAGCGACGCGCAUUGGAUCUUCGAGGUGGAGGCGGACGCGGACCCGGACGACGACUCCAAGGACGCGGCGGGCGGAGUGGAGAAGUUCUUCGACGUAGAGGCCGACGUGGGCGAGAGCGGCGGCUCCGAGAGCGCCGAGAAAGACAGCUACGUGGACGAACAUGGCAACGUAGAGGGGCUGAUACAUGACAGCGACGGCGUUGAGAAGCGGGAGGACAGCGACGUGCUCAUGGCGGAGAAGAGCGACGCGGUUUCUGCUGGGGCGGAGAAGGCGCCGCCGCCGCCAGAGCCGCAUCCGGCAGAGCGGGUUCGGCGGCGCAUCACAGGCAAGCGGGCUCUCCAGGUUGUGCAGGAGCAGGGGCCGGCCCUGGCUCACGCCCGCGUUGCAGCGGCGGCCCCCAUGAAGCGGCCGGCGAAGAAGCGGUUUCAGUGCCACGUGUGCCCGUGCCCGACACGCAUGUUUUCGAUGGUCGCACCAGGCGCGGCGGCGCAGACGAAGAAGAGAGAGCUCUGUGCGUUCUGCUCUCCAGAGACAAUGAGGAAGGCUUUGUCGGAGCCUGGCGGUCGCGGCAACGUCACCCGAUCCCUGCGGGCUUUCCUGCAAGCGGAUCGCCAGGAUGCGUUCGACGUGGCGCUGCAGCGGUUGCCCAGCGACGAAGAGAGGGACAAGUUCAGGAAGGCUUUGAGGCGCGAGACGCGAAACAAGGAUGCCGCGGCGCAGAGCAGCCAGGCCGACAAGCGCCAGCAGGAGAAAGUGGGGAGACUUCAGUCUCUCAUGAAUAACCGCGUCGCAGUGACUCCAGCGCCCACCGACGAGCAGCGGGCGGACCACGAGGAACACGUCAAGGACGACGAGAGGCGGUUCAAGAAUAAGUUCAAAGCUGUGCAAGAGGCGCGGGACCGGGAGGACGACUCGUGGCGCUCGGAGGCGGCUGUGAAGCUGGAGCAGUGCCGGACGCGCACUUGGACGAUUCCGAAAUGCAAGCACUGCAAAUCGGACGUGGGCUACACGACAGAUUCCUUGGAGGACAUCCCGACGGUGCUCCGCCAGCUGCCAGAGGACGUUUUGUGGGCUUUGCGGCCCCUGGAGCCUUUCUGCGGCGAGUACGUCCGGGCCCAGCAUCGGUAUCGGGUGCACACGGACAUGAUUCGAUUAUGGUGGCGCCCUGUCUCCGCGUCCGAGCAGAUUAACCAGCUCCAGCACCGAGAGCAGCGCAGCCGUGCCCGCGAGGCGUAUGAAUUCCUCAUGGCGUCCCAGCAGUCCUCCUACAAGAAGUUCAUAGAGAUGCACGCGGCUUUCCGCCGGAAACACGCGGAAAUGCUGACGGGCGCAGCUGACGACAUGCGGUUGCAGCUUCCCGGAGAGGAAGGACACGAGGAAGCGCAAGAAGGAAAGCUCCACGGACUCAAGGAUUGGGAUAAGGAUUCCAACGACGGAGCGGGCGACGGGCCGCGCGACCCCGGUGACUUUGCCAAGAGCAACAGGAACUCGGCGAAGGCGUCGAUCCUGGCGAAGGUGCUCGGCCCCGUCAUCGGCUACGGGUCGGACAUGGAGCUCGUGCAGUUCGUGCACGAUCUUUGGCUGUGGUCCUCGCUCGGCAGCAAGCGGAACGCACUGUCGGAGCAGAUGCCGAUGCGGCUGGCCAUGGGAGGGCACAGCUUCACUCCAGAGUACUGGAAAGUCCGACAUGAUGCUCUCAUCGACGCAGUGAAGCAAUUGGGUAUGCCUUCGCUGUUCAUCACCGUUUCGCCGUAUGAGUGGUCGUUUCCUUACGCGAAUUGGGUUGAGGACGAGAUGGCAAAAGAGCUUCGCUCCAAGACACAUCUGCCAGUGGCGGAGACCUUGCAUAUUGCGCGCGUAUUGGGGCAGGUCGUGGAGGGCUUCCUCACGGGCGCCAACAGCACCAGAGCGCGGAAGCGGUGGAAGAAGCACGUGUUCGGCCCGAAGGACAGCAGCGAGAAGAGCACGGCGCGCGCACAUUUUGCCAGAGCGGAGUUCCAAGACGGCAAAAGGAAACGGUACGUUGGUGAGCACGAGGCGGCUGCCAAAUUUUAUCACGGGCGCGGCACCGCGCACAUUCACCUACUCGUCUGGCUGGAAGACGAGCCGCGCAUCGAGCUGGAGAAGAUCAUCGUCGCCACGUCCCCGGACGACAAUCCGCAGGUGAAGUCGCUGGUGGAGGGCCCCCAGAGAUCUUACACUGGGAGCGGGUGGCCUGUGCGCGAUGAGGCGCCCUCCUACGACGCGGGGACAGGUACGCUGCGUCUGCACCACUCCAAGUCGGACCACAUGCGGCGCAACAAGAAGGGCAACCCAGAGGGUGUUCGCGCGUACAUCAUCGGCGUGCUCACCGCCCUGUACUGCCACGUUGACGUCCUCAGCACUGACAAAGUGGACAUGCUUUUGAGGUAUGUGACCUCGUACGUCCCGAAGUUCUCAGAUUCCUUCUGCGACGAGUGGUUGGCGGACCAGGCGAGCGACUACUCCAUCGCGCGCAGGGUGCUGACGGAUUACCACCCGCUGGAGCCAGAGAUGGUGCUGCAGCUGGAGUACAUGAAGUCGCCGCGGCGCGGCAGAGACAUGUCUCUCAUGGAGUACAUGCGGAAGGCAAACACGGACGGCAACAUCCAGCAUUGGAUUCGGCGGGAGCGCAAGAAGCACUUGGAUGAGAAGCCGGACGGCGCCCAAGGUCGCGUGGCCGACUUGGAAGACUUCGCGCGGCAGGUAGUUCCCAAGGGAGAUACGCUCAUCGCAGCCAGCUACCUGUCGCGGUACGGGGACAGGUAUUACGGCCAGUGGGUGCUGUUGAAUGUGCCGUUCCGCACGGUCGACGAUCUGUGGCGCCCAGAGUUGGAGCGCGUGCCGGACCACCUGCGGAACCAAGCACUGGCGCUGCUUCACCGCCCUGACAUCUGGCGCAACGCGGAGAAGAUCCGGAAAACGUUGGAGUUGGAAGCCUUCCGCGAGCACCACAUUGCGAACAUCACAGCCAUGCUGUAG